UCCCAAACAUUUACUAGCAGAAAGCCAGAAAGCAUAAACCCUUCUUCCAUAAUCGACCGAAAAAAAAAAAAAAAAUAACCCAAAGCAAAGCACAGAAUGCCACCGUUAGAGUCACUUUCACCAACAGAAACCCUGGAAAUCGAGAACGGCCUAACACUAAUACCGCGGGUGAAGCUUAUGCUCACAAUCUACCCUACAAGUCCCUCCGUGACAAAAUCCAUAGACGAGUGGCGGCUAAAGCGCGCAUUAAUAGAAUUCCUGAAGACCUCCCUCUCUGUCUCCAUCACUGUCCCCGAAGAGGACCUGGAAAUCAGACGGCUCAAAGAUCUCAAGAAACGCAAGCGCGAUGAGCCCGUUGCACACGGCAAUCUCUUCAUUCGCGACCUAGGAUUCCUAAACAAUACCAGUAAGAAAAAGGGGGACAAUCCCGUCGAAGAAGAAGAAGAAAAUGAUAUAAAAGUUCUAGAAAAGAAGUUGUCAGACUGGAGAAAGUACAUUCUUGAAAAAAUGGACGGAAUUGAAUUAAAUUUGGAGGGUGUUAAGUAUAGAUUGAGUGUAUCAGUUCCAGUUUCUGAUGAGUUCGACAAGAUGAAGAAAGAUUGGGAGGAGUUUUAUGCUUUUGGAAAUCGAGGUUAUUCAAGGGGGAGACAAGAGCCGGAUACUAUAGUAAUUAGAGGAGUACCUUCGAGGUGGUUUGCAGAGCCGAGGGUUUCGUCGAAGCCGUCAAUGUUGGUUACACAUACUAUUUUUUCAACAUUUGGGAAGAUAAGGAAUCUUAAUGUUGCUGAGGACGAUGAUUUAGGUAAGGAUGCGGACGAGGAUGAGACAGUCAUCGUUUCAGGUCUUCAUUGUAAGAUUGUGGUUCAGUUUGAGAAAUACUGGGACUUCUAUAAUGCUCUUAAGGUUUUAUGUGGCCGCUCAUUGCAAAAGCAAGGGUCAAAAUUGAAGGCUGAUUACGAGGUUUUCUGGGACAAGGAUGGCUUUUUCCGGAGCUCAAGAAGUCAAGCAACAGAUAGGAGUAAUAGGACGCCAGCAAAGGCAGCUGGACAAAACAGACGUGAAGAUACUAGACAUGAUAUUUCUCAGUUUGAUGAUACACGCCGGAAGAGGUUCAGGGAAUAGGGGAUUGUGGUACUCGUUUUGGAAGAAUUUUUCUUGUUGGGCUCGGCGGGGGAGUUCUUUCUGGUUCAA